AAUCUAGUGGACGGGACACUUCAACAAUAACAGCUCGUCCGACACAUCAGCAGCUAGUGAACCAAUAUAGCCGAACGAUUCAAGCUCUUUAGACUGUUUCGGGUUGAUAUUAGUCACCGUGUUUUAAGCCCACUUCUUUCGUAUCUACCAGUUGCCCCAUUUGAUUUAAUAUUUACGUUGUUGUUGGUAGACAGCUACAUCAGCUGUCUCUUUAAUUUAGCACUAGCCGCUAAUUCUGGCUAGCUAGCAUCCCGACCAUGAGCUCCCUAAACUAUUCACUCGUUAAAGAAGAGGAGGUCUGCUGGACGGAGAAAGAAGCUCUGGGGCUGAACAUUGUCGUGAAAGAGGAGAAAGAAGAGGAGGAUGUCACAGUAAAAAUAGAAGUAGAGAGUGAGGAGGAGGGAGCGAUAACUGUCGUAUUGAAAGAGGAGGAAGAAGAGCAGGAGAGAGGAGAGAGACUUGACUAUCGUGGAUCUUCUGGGGAGCCUCAACAACAUCAUGAUGCUGACGACGCAGAGAAGAGUCUCUCCAAAUCAGAACACCUCAAGGAACACCAGCGGAAACCCACGGGGAAGAAACCUCACUGCUGCUCUGACUGUGGGAAGAGUUACUCAAGAUCUGAUUCACUAAAAGUACACCAGAGAAUUCACACAGGAGAGAAAUCUUACAACUGUGAUCAAUGUGGAAAGAGAUGCUCUUCUUCAUCAGAACUUACAAUACACCAGAGAAUCCAUACAGGAGAGAAACCUUAUAGCUGCUCUCAGUGUGGAAUGAGUUUCUCUCGAUCAUAUUCAUUGAAAUCACACCUAAGAAUUCACACAGGAGAGAAACCAUAUGGCUGUGAUCAAUGUGGGAAAAGUUUUGCUACCUCAGCUAACCUGACUGCACACAAGAGAAUACACACAGGAGAGAAGCCUUACCACUGCUCUGACUGCGGAAUGAGCUUUAUCACUUCAAGGGAACUACUCCUACACCAGAGAACACACACAGGAGAGCAACCUUAUAGCUGUGAUCAAUGUGGGAAGAGUUUUACUCAGUCAAACAACCUGAUAUCACACCAGAGAACACACACAGGACAGAAGCCCUAUACCUGUGAUCGGUGUGGGAAAAGCUUUACUCAGUCAGGUCACCUGAAAUCACACCAGAGAACCCACACAGGAGAGAAGCCUUAUAGCUGUGAUCAGUGCGGGAAGAGAUAUUCUGAUUUAAGAGAUCUGAAUAAACAUAAUAACAUACAUCCAGAUUGUGGAAUGACUGCCAACACCAGUCCUGGGUAGUAGAACACAGAUUGUGGAAUGACCUCCAACACCAGACCUGGGUAGUAGAACACUGCAUCGUGAGGUUUUUAUAUAGUACUUGCGCAGAGCAUUCUAUAUUGGACAUUUAGAAAAAAGUGUGUUUGUGUUGGAGGGGUUGUUAUUCACACUCAUUAUCUUUCCUGAUUGAAGUCAACUUUAUUUUAAUCUUUAGUUUUUCCUCACCACAUGGAAUGAAUGUCAGAAUCCUCUCAAAUUACACUCCCUAGUGUCUUGGUCACUUCAGGGAUUUGGUGAGAUACCUGGUCACAGAGGAAUGGACGUGUUUCUCAGAACUUCUGAUGACAAAUAUGACUGUCUUGAUGAGUUGGUGAAUUCUGAUAUUCUGGUUGAUUGUGGCUAGUUUCCUGUUUGUUUCUUUGUAUUUAUCAUGCCCCCCCUUCAGUUAAUUUAACCUAGUUUAUGAUCAAAUGAUUGAAGCUACAUGACAGACCCAUUACAGUACAUCCCAUCCAUCCUCCCCAGACUAAGAUAUUUUACCAGACGUUAUAGUAUGCCUGCCAACGGGUCCUGGUCGGAGGACGCUACGUGUUGGUGGUAUGUCCUGGUCGGAGGACACUACGUGUUGGUGGUAUGCCCUGGUCAGAGUACGAUACGUGUUGGUGGUAUGUCCUGGUCGGAGGACGCUACGUGUCGAUGGUAUGCCCUGGUCGGAGGACACUGUAUGUUGGUGGUAUGCACUGGUCGGAGGACACUACGUGUUGGUGGUAUGCCCUGGUCAGAGGACACUACAUGUUGGUGGUAUGCCCUGAUCAGAGUACAAUACGUGUUGGUGGUAUGCCCUGGUCGGAGGACGCUACAUGUUGGGGGUAUGCCCUGGUCAAGGAUACCGUUCAUACAUAAAUAAAUACAUUUCAUAAAUACAGUUCAAAAAUAAAUAGUUAAUAAACAGUUGAUACAGUGCCUUUGGAAAGUAUUCAGACCCCUUGAAUUUUUUCACAUUUUGUUACUUACAGCCUCAUUCUAAAACGGAUUAAAUUAUGUUGCUUUAGUCAAAUCCUUCUACUCAGCACACAUAGUGGACUGGUGUGUGUAUGUGCUUGUAAUUGGUUUGUAAACUUUAAAUGUUUCAAAUUAUCACUUUGAAUUUGCUUUAAUCAAUGUAUGUUUCCCUCUAUGUCCGUUUCAUAUAAUGUUAUAUAAUAUUCAUUAAAUGAAAACAAUGGUUGAAAGUGAAACUUUUUUCCCUGAACUGCAUUACCCACUCCAGUCAGCAGAUGGCGAUGUGCAUUUUUCAGUCGAUGCUGCCUGAGUGUGACGUAUGAUCUAGUGGACGGGACGCUUCUUCAACAGUAACAGCUAAUCGGCCACCUCAGUAGAACCGAGGUAAAGACAGUUUCAGGUUGGAUAUUUGACGGAUAUUCGCCUUUAGUUUUCCUGACGUCCACCAACUGCAGUUAGGGACUGUCAACAUAGUGACAAAUAAAAAUGUUCAAAUUUCAAUAGCUUUUUAACCAUUACUCCAAACACGUUCAAAACUGGUUGUAGCUAACCGGAUGGCAUAGACGCACAUUGCACACCCUUUAGUUUGUCCAUUUUUUUUUUUUUAUCUCACAUGGUUUUACAUUAAUUUUUCAAAAUGUAGAAUUUCAAUAAAGAAUUUCCUUGGUCAUGUGACCUACUGACCUCAAACAAGGUUCAGAAUGUCCACUGACUAUACCUUCAUAACGCACACUCUGAUUCAUAUCAUGCUAUUAGACUUAAAUCUGUAAGCUUUGCAGGCCUUCAUUUUACAUGGGUGUUAAAUUAUAAUUUUUUAAGCAAACAAAUGUUCCAUCCUCGCAAUAACUAUCUUUCACAUGGACACUGAAAAGAUCCGCAAAUGGCUGUAUGUGGUAUGUAUCAAGGACAGGAGAGGUGUUUGAACAGAGGUGCUUAAAGGAAGGCGAACAGGUAGGCCUCAUGAAAAACAAUGUUUCAUAUGCUCUUUUUAAUCAUAGUAAUAGGCAGUGAUUUGUCAGUCACAGUGAGCUUGAUAUUGAGAUAGAAUCCUUUUCAUAGCAUCACUUUCAUAUACUGUACAUUAAGACAAAUCCUUCUACGUUGAGUAUUAGAACUCAGUUUACAUAACCUGAUAAUGACUUGAUAUUUGAGUGCAUUCACAACAAGCCACCUGCAGACAACUUACAAAAUGCAAUAUUGCAUUUGAGGGUUCGUUUUUCUGAUGAAAAUAGUUAUUUGAUGCAUGGCCUACUAUUUCUAACUGAGAAAAUAAAUUCCUACUAUUUCUAACUGGGAAAAUAAAUUCCUACUAUUUCUAACUGGGAAAAUAAAUUCCUACUAUUUCUAACUGGGAAAAUAAAUUCCUACUAUUUCUAACUGGGAAAAUAAAUUCCUACGUCUUUUGUGAGUAAAAUCCUUUUUCCAAAAUUGAUUUAGGUACAUUUUUGUGAAGAGGUAUGAGGGUUGUGAUAUGGGUCAUUUAAUAGUAAAAUCAUUUUAAGGGAUCAAUACAUUUCUAUAUUGCUUCCCCAGUAUCUCCAUGAACCAUCAGGCCAAGUCUUUUUGGUUGACCCUGCUGGGCAGAAAGAAGGAGGAAUCGGAACACGCUGCAUUCAAAUUCAGAUCUUAGUUAUUCCAUUGUACUGGAUCUAAGACAUAUUAGCAUAUUUACAUAUAUUCAUAAGUGUAAUACUUUUUUAUGACAUACUGUGAAAAACUCUCUUGGCUGCUGCCUCUGUCACUUUCAGACAUGCGCAGAGCAGACUUGAACCACAGGGGUUCUCUGUAAAGAGAGAGUAAUCCAAAAGGCACAGACACACCCCUUGACUUUCAAUUGGCACCAUUGACCUGUAUGUAUUCUCUCCUGAUUGGCUCUGUGGUGAACAGUCUGGCAGUCUGACUAAAGUGCCAGAGGUAUGAGGAGACAUCCUCCUUUGUAUAUAUGGGAACAGAUAUUUCCUAACACUUCGGAUCCUAUUCUUCGACAGUUAGAAGACACAAUGCAUCAAUGCAAAAAAAUAAUGUAUUACUAAUUACUGUCCAUGAGUAACCUCAACCUUGUGGGUCUAUAGGUGUUUGGG